UAAAUAAAUAAAUAAAUAAAUAGAUAACUAGUAGAUAAGCAUUUCAAAUUGAAUAUUAAAUAAUGAAAAUUGAACUUUGAUUGUUACUAAUGUAAUUCAUGAAAUAUGCCUGGAACAGAAUUCAAAUUGAAAUCAUGUAAUGAAAUGCAUUAUGAUCAAUAUCAUCAAUUGUUAAAUGUUGAAAGAGAAUUGCCAGAAAAUUCAAAUUCACAAGAAUUAUCAAUAUUCAGUGACAAAACAGAUAUUGUGCCAAAUAAUGGUAACAAUAAUAGUGGUAAACGUUUUCUUCAAAACAAUUGGUUGAAGCUAAUCAUACUACUAUUAAUUUCUAUUUGCAUUAUAUUUCCAACAAUUUAUUUUCUAUGUUACACUUUCAUUAAUUAUUUUGGCAUUUUUGAUGAACCAAAUAAUGAAGAAUAUCAAAAUGUUAUAAAUUUUUUAAAAUUCAAAUUUAAUUCAAUUUAUGCAUUUAAUUCAUUCAUUAAAACAAAUAAAUCAUUGAAUAAUAAUAAUAAUAAUAGUAAUAGUAAUAAUAAUAAUAAUAAUAAUGGUAGUAAUGAUAAUAAUGAUAAUAAUGGAACAUUAUUUGAACCACUUAAAAUGAAUUACUUAUGGAGCUUAAAUUUAUAUAUACCCAAUAAAAAAGAACGAUCAAAUUAUUUCAAUUCAUUAUUACGUAAUAAUAAUAAUAGUAAUAGUAAUCAUAGUAAUAAUAAUAGUAAUGGUAAUAAUAAUAAUAAUGGAUCUGGUCCAUUCGAACGAUAUGGUAUAGCAAUUAUAUUAUUUGGUUCAUAUAAAAUACCUAAAAUUAAAGAAUAUUUAAUUGGUCCAUUAAAACAACCAAAAUUAAUAAAACUUUUAAAUAUUUAUCCAUAUCAGAAAAGACCAUUAACAAAUAUUGAAUAUAAAAUGGUAUUAGAUUAUUUAACUAUACAAACUAAUCGUAUGAAUCAUAUUAUAAAAGAAACAUAUUCAGCAAGUUAUUUUAUGUAUAAACCAUUACAUAAUUAUUGGUUAUAUAAAUAUAAUAAUACAUGGUUUGAUCAAUUUAAUGAAAGGAAUUCAUUAUGUCAAAAGUCAAUUCAUAAUAAUAAUGAUAAUAUUAAUAAAGGAAGACCAAAUUGUUUAAUUCCUAUAUUUGCUUCACCAAUGAUUACAACAGAAGCACCUGAAAGACGUCGUAUUUGGAUAAGAUUAUGUAGACAAGUAACUCCAUUUAUACAAUAUCCUGUAGAUAUUCAAUUUCAUAUCGAUCAAACAUCAUUGGAUCCAGAUGAGUGGGAAUUAUUGGGUAUUUGGUUUCAAGGUCAGAUGUUCACAUCAAUUGAAGAACUUUUAAGUAAAUAUCAUUCUGGUGAAUUUAAAGUGAUCAAGCAUCCGUUUAUAAAUAUGUAUCAUAACCAGUUAAAGCCGGGACCCAAUCAACAAUCCACAACACAUAUAAAUGAAUUCAUGAAAAGUAAUUCUGAAACAGCUAAUCGUAAAAGCAAUUUAAUUCAUGUAAACAGACGUCGAAUUCAAUAUGACAGAUGGGAUUUUCAUGUAACUGUUAGAAGAGAUACAGGACUUAGAGUAUUUAAUGUAUAUUUUGCAAAUGUUAGCUUGAUAUCUGAAGCUGGUUUAGAGGAAACAGUCACUUCAUAUUGGGGUAAAUCUCCAUUUAUGCAAGCAAUGACAUCAUUGGAAUCAAUGUUUGGAAUAGGUGGUAUGACUUCAGAAUUAAGUCCAGGUUUAGAUUGUCCUAAAAAUGCUAUCUACUUACCAGUAAGAUUAAUUGAUUCAGGUGAAACUGGUCCUAAAUUAAUAAAAAAUGGUAUUUGUUUAUUUGAAUGGAAAACUAAUCCUUAUCAUGGUCCAAUUAGACGACAUUUUGAAUUUCAUAUUAAUGAUUAUUUUGAUGAAAAGAAUGAUGUAAAAUACACAAAUUUUGGUCAUGGUAUAACAAGUAAUUCAUUAAUUGUACGCACUAUAUCAACAUUAUUUAAUUAUGAUUAUAUAUUUGAUAUCAUUUUCUAUUCAUCUGGUGUGAUUGAAUUUUCAGUAACACCAACUGGUUACAUUCAUGUUGAUGUAGAAUUAGAUCCUUUUCAAUAUAAUUUCAAAUAUGGUUUCCCAGCUGUAAUCAAUCCAAUCUAUAUGGUUAUUCAUCAUCAUUUAUUUCAUUUUAAAAUUGAUAUAGACAUUGUAAAUAAAGAGAAUUUUAUUAAAAUAGUUAAAAUUCAUGGAUCAUUAACAGAAGAUCAAAUGAAAUUUGAUCCAUUACAACAAAUAACUAAUCGAUCAAAUGGAUUAAAUGAAUCAGAACUAUUAUGGUUAUCUAUAGAUAUUCCUAAAACUGAAAUGGAAUCAAGAUUUUCAACAAAAUUUGAAUUUCCUAAACAAUAUUUAAUUUGUUCAACAAAUUCGAAUAAGAAUGGUUUGUUUAAUAAAACAAAUCAAUAUUAUAGAAAUGAUAAAUGUUUAGUUAUUGUUAAUAAAGGUCAAGUUAAAACAAUUUUCAGUGAUCAAUAUACAAAAUCUUUUGCUUGGUCCAGACAUCAACUUUAUGUUACUCAGCAACAUGAUAAUGAAUCAUUUGCAUCAUCAAUUUUCAAUGGAGUUGAUUUGAAUUCACCAGUUGUUGAUUUUACAAAAUUCAGUUCAAAUAAUGAAUCAAUAUUCAAUGAGGAUCUUGUUUUGUGGAUAACUGUUGGUAAUUAUCAUUUGCCAAGACAUGAAGAUCUACCAAAUACAGCUACUAGUGGUGGUCCAUUAUCCAUAUUUAUAAUGCCACACAAUUUAUUCACUUAUAGUCCGGAUGCUUACGGUUGUAAUCGAUUUUAUACUGAAUCGUUGAAUGAGUGGAUUACAGGACCACAAAUAAAAGAAGAAUGUCAAAUGGAACCAAUUCCAAUGUUAUAAUAUAUCAAAAGAUUAGCGCAUUAUUUCAUCUCGAAUAAAUGUCAUUCUAGAAAAAACAGUUUCGAUGGUAACAUCUGUAAAUACAUAUAUUGCAUAAUAAGUAACUAAAUUCAGUACUCAUCAUUGAUAUAUUCCCAUAAGUUAUACAGUAUACUAUGUAUUACAUUAGAUCAUAUUAUUACACUUUAAUAUCUCUUGUGUAUAGAAUUAUGGGGAUGUAUGUAUAGAUUAUUGAUGGAAAUUUGUGUACGCUGUGCUGGUACGUUUCAUUGUGAAUGGAGAUCAUAUAGAAAACUAAUAAAAUCCAAAGAGCAGUAAAUAGUGUUUUUGUCAUAGUUUGGUACUGCUUACACUUCAACAAUCCUUCCUAAUGUAAUUUUGAUGAUGAAAAUAAUCUUCAAAGUAUUGAAAAACUUCAUGGAAUUCUAGUCCCAUUCUCAUCAAUGACUAACUUCGAAGUAGAUUAUACGAACAUACAGUGGGAAGCUAUGUUAUGUAUAGUUGAAAAAGUUAGAAUUAAAAAACUCACAGAUGACACUGGAUACUGACCACACUGGUCAGGUAGUCUUAUUAUUUUACAUUUCAUCAUCAAUUGGUAGUAAAAAAAUACUCAGGAAUCUCUUUAAAGUAAUAAGCCAUAAUAUACUAGAAUCGGAUACAGUACUAUUGACUAAUGGUGGAUUGUUU